AUGUGUCAUGACCUCACUUCACACUUUGAAUAUAAAGCUCUAAGUAGAGCAGAAGAAGAACUUCCAGAAAAACCAAAAAUAUUUGAUGAAAAGGAUAAAGAGGUUAUAGGAACGGCCGGACCAUACGUAGAAGAUUCCAGUCUCAAGCUCACCUGUGUUGUAAGUGGAGGUAGACCAAUGCCACGCAUACGAUGGUGGAAAGAGGACAAAGUUAUCGCUAAACUGGAUCCAGUCGAGGAUGAGACACGGCUCAGUCUCCUGGAACUAAGGAUUCCCUCUCUAAAGAGGGAUCACUUCGAAGCGGUUUACAGUUGUACAGCGGAUAAUAAUGCGAUAGUGCCACCUUUACGAGUCAACGUGCAAAUACAAUUGUACCUGAGGCCAUUAUCAGUCGAAAUCUUGGAAAGAGAGCAACCUUUGUCUGUGGGCCAAGAAACGGAUAUCGCUUGUAAAGCAGUUGGUGCUAGACCACCUGCAACCAUCACUUGGUGGCUUGGUGAUAAAAAGAUGGUUGUGAAUACUCCACAAACGAACUCGGAAGACCGUAAUGAGACGAUAUCGUUCCUACGGUGGACUCCGCGAAUGGAAAACGACGGCGGAGUACUCAUCUGCAGGGCAUCCCAUCCAAAACUAGAACACGCCACUUUGGAAACUACUAUGACACUUGAUUUGCACUAUGUUCCCAUAGUUGAACUACAAUUAGGUUCAAAAUUGAACCCUAAUGAUAUUGAAGAGGGCGAUGAUGUUUACUUCGAAUGCAUAGUGCGGGCAAAUCCACCGUCUUACAAAGUUGUUUGGGAGCACAAUGGUCAGGUAAUGACACACAACCAACGUGCUGGAGUAAUAGCUGGGUCGGCGCACCUCGCUCUACAGGGAGUGUCGCGGGAUCAGGCCGGCCAGUAUGUCUGCGUUGCUAGCAACGUGGAAGGCGAUGGACGAUCACUUCCUGUGUCUCUGCAAGUUAUUUAUAAACCUAUAUGCAAGAACACCGUGACAGCAAUAGUAGGAGCAGCUAUCAAUGAAGCAGCUAGAGUCGCUUGUGAAGUCGACGCUUUCCCACUACCGAAGAACUUUCAAUGGACACUCAAUAACACGUUGGGAACUACUGAGUUAGAUGCGGGAAAGUUCACGAUAGAAAAAUCGGGUCGAUCAAUUCUCACGUACAUACCAACUUCUGACAUGGACUAUGGGUCGUUGGCCUGUCGAGCUACAAACUUGGCUGGACAACAAAUAGAGCCUUGCAGAUACACCCUGCUACCGGCCGUCAAGCCUGACCCGCCUGGCAACUGUUCGACCUUGAACUUGACUGAUGACUCAGCCGAAAUAAAAUGUGUUGCUGGCUAUGAUGGAGGUCUCCAAACUACGUAUUUUGUGGAGGCAUGGGAAGUGGAUGAAUUAAUAGCAAAUGUGUCAACAAUACUUCCCGUUUGGAAGUUACAAGGGCUUGGAUCUGGGAAGGCAUUACAACUCGUGUUUUAUGCUAGCAAUGCGAGGGGGAGAUCUGAAAUAACAACGCUUAGAAUACACACGUUGUCAAGAUUAGCUUUACAUACAGAAGCGAAGAAUAAUUAUAUGAUAAUUGACACAAACUGGGCCCUGGGUAUUGUAGCGGGUGCUUUGGGUACGCUUGCUGCUGUUGCUGUAAUUGCCGUCUUAGCUCGAAGGCGACAGAGGCCUAUGGAAUAUGAUGUUCCAUUACAAACUAUGAAAGCGUCUAAGGGUGCAAUGCAUAGUUCCAACAAUUCCCCUAUACAAGACGACAAGAACCCAGACGUAGUACCUCUUGGAAAAGACUUCAACUGUACAAGGGAUUCUGAGCUCCCUCCGGAACCGCCGCCUUACGGGAUAGCCCUAUCGAAUAUUCAACCGGUGGGUGCGUCCAAAAGCGCGCACAGUCUCCACGAUCGAGCGAACACGCCGCAUACUCUUAAUACGCCUGGAUCCGAUGGACAGAGCAUCAGUACACUGACUGAGGAUCGGAGGAGUUUGACGAGUGGAACACUAUCGCGGAGGAGAGAGGUCGUCACGACUAGGACCACACUCUUAACCAACGCCAGAGAGAGUUGUGUGUAAGAUAGUAUAAAUUGUCUUUCAUAUUGAAGGAAACAUAAAUAUUUCUAUGUGUAAAUGUUAUUUUUGUACAGUCAAGUGUUUGUGUAACUUUUGUUAACAAUAUAGAAGGUUAUAAUUAAGUAGUAAAUGUUUUGAUAUCUUUAAUUUCGACAACUAUAUGGUUGGGCCUUUUACUGAUUUCAGUUAUGAAAAAAGUGAUGUUUGAAAUGUCACUACCUACACUUAUUAAUAUAUAAGGUAUUUUUUUUCUACAUCUAAUAAAAAUGAUAUUAAAACCAUAAAAGCUAUUAAUAUAUUCAGUAAUUCAUACUUUCAGAAAAGAGGGGAACUUUCCUUUAAUAUACAUUUAUUACAUUUUUAAUGAUCUGAGGUCUUGUGACUUUCGUGCUUUAUUCUUGAGGCUAUCUAAGUAAAAAUCGGCUUAGGAAUUUAAUGAACUGAAAUCGUUUUUAUCAUAUUGUCAGAUGGUAUUAUGUUUUCCCCUUUUAACCAUAGAAUUCUCUUAUAAUAUUAUUAAUUAAGUACAAAAACAAAAAGAAAACAAAUUUGGACUUAAUAAAACAUGUACCGAAGUUAUAUUAAGUUAAAUGAGAAAAGUUUUGUUAUUUACGAUUUUUCAUGAUAUAGAAUUAUCGAUUCUAACAAUCUGAUUGUGUAAAUAAAGCGAAGGUAAAAGUGAGCAGGAUAAAAAAAAGUUGCAUUUUAAAAGUUUUAAUCAAAAUUUUACUUGAACUUUUUCCAUCUUUUUUAGACGGAUAGUUGAAAAUUGUAAAACAGUUGCUCAAAGCGUUUGUAAUUCUUUGAGCAAUAAAGAAAAGGCUUCUACAAAGGUUGGACGGCAUGCGCCAGUUUGGAUUCAAAUAACAAAAAAUUAAAUUGAAUCCAUCCAUAUACAAUCUAAACUAGGGUUAAAGAAAUGCAAUACAUCGAUGAACAUUGAGUACAUAAAGCUUAGAACCGAUUAUAUAACGAUACUCUUUAUGAAAAAUAAUUUACUAUACAGUGUUUACGUAUUUACAAUCAAUAAAGUACCUCUAGGUUUGUAAAGUUAUAUUCGAUAUUUUCUCUACCUUUAAUUUUAUAACCCAUUCGAUAUUUCAAAUAAAAGGCAUUUCAUUUUUAUCAUUCAAUAAAUAAAAACCGACCAACCGACUAAAAAAAAUUUUCAAUAAACCCUUAAAUUUAUGCAGUGGAAAAAAUGGGGCUCUAGUUCUAAAAAUUUUAUUUCAAAAUGUCAAGAGCACUUGCAUCGUUGCUGCGGACAACGGGCUUGAAGCGCAGGACGUGAAUAAAACAUGUCGUCGCAGUGACGCGACGGUUUUAAACUCACUUGUUUCCUAUGCAUGCUUCCUUUGUUUGUUCUUGCUCAAAUAAUCUAGAUAUAUCAUUUAUUCCUAAACUAAUAACGUUUAUGUUAAUUACUUCAUCAACAUAACAUAAAUAAGAGUAUGUCAUUAUUUGAUUGUAAGAGUAACAUGUAUGACAUGUUUUUCUUGUAGAUAUUCGUUUUAAUUUGAUCCAUUAUGAUCCAGCUACCUACCUACUAUAGAUUUUAAAUUCAAUGUGAAACUGUAAAUAAAUCAUAAAUUGUAAGAAUAAAAAAAAACAAAUAAAAGUUUUCGAUCAGAUCAGAUUUAUGAGUGACAAAACUUGAUCCAAAAGCAAGAUUUCAAUAUUUGAUAAUAUUGAAAAUUACGUGUAUACUUUGUACUUUAGAUCGUUAUCGAUUCCACCUUUAUAUUUCGUAUGUAAUAAAGAAGAUAGUUACUAAGAAAUUCUCUUUAAGACUGUUGUUAAGGAAUAGUGUUUCCUUCAACAUAGAGAUUGUAAACAUGUACCUAAUUUUGUAAAAAUAGUAAAUAAUAGAUAAAUAUUCUCAAUUCUAAAAAUAAAUUGUCAGGUUAUUAAAGUUGUGCCCAUUUGUAUUAUAAUGAAUACUAUGAUGAGGAAAACAUGACUAAUACAAAAGAAAUUGAAAUAAAAUAAUCAUAUUUUUUAUUUUAUAAUACCGAAGUCGUGAUUCGGAAAAGAAACAGACAAUAAAGAUAUAUAUAAAAAAAUAAUGAUUUCCGUUAUAUUUCUUUGUAUAUAAAACAUAUUUUCUGUUGUUUAAAAAAUUUAAAAUAAAUUAUAUAAUUUUGAAAUUAAAAAAAAAACCU